AUGGACCUGCGCCGCAGUGACCCAUCAUCCUUGGAGAAGGCCCUGGAGGUCUUGCUUGCUUGGAAGGACAAGGCCAUGGUUUGCAACAACUCUGUCCAGACGCUGAUCAUUCAGAAGGUGAUGAACUGUCCGCAGCUGGGGCCUUUUGACUUCGCGGACCUGGACAUUUGCCUGCGCCUGGUGGAUCGCCCUGAGGGCGGGGUGAACCAGGUCUUCCUUUCCAGAGCUGCGGUCGUGGUGGAGGAUGAGAAAGUGGCACCAAAAGACCUCAAGGGCCUGUUGGCACACAUCGAGACCAUGCUGUUCUUCCUGAAGUAUGCAAAGAGCGAAGACCUCUCGCUGACCCACCGGGAGUUCAAAAAGCAGACGUACCCGCUUCACCCACUGGUGACCAGCUGCUUGGACUCAGCGCAGCGAGAGUACGGGCCCGGGAAGGAGCUGGUGGACCUCUCGCGAAGCCACAGCUUGAUGGACGGCAACGACGUGGCUUCUGUGCUCCAAGCCAUGAGGCCAAGCCGUCCAGGUGCAAAGUCAGGUUUGGACAUUUUCCGCGAGAUCUUCUAUCAGUGGGCGCUGCAAAUGCGCAAGCAGUUUAACCUCCUGGUGCUUCCGCACCACACACAGGUGGUUUGCCUGCUGGCUUUCCAGCACUUCCUGGAGGCUCCUCCGGGGCGCGACGAGAUACGUGCCCUGAUUGCCCAGGUAGGCACUGGGGAGGGCAAGUCGAUGAUUGUCGCCGCGCUAGCCAUCUAUGUCGUCGUGGCACUGCGGAAGAAGGUUCAUGUGGUCGUAGAUGAUGAGACCUUGUUGGAUCGCGAUUUCAACUCCUUCCGGAAGCUUUUCGAGAACUUCACAGUGGAGGAGAAUGGAAAGAGGCGUCCGCUGUCGGCCAUGCUGUGUGUCUCCGAGGAGCGGCUCAGUGGUUCCAAGGGCGCCGGCCCGCGACCUGAGAUCCACCCCCGAUGCAUCGCGGCCGGGCGGAUGCAGAGGGCAUCGAUGGCCAUGAUGCGGCGCGCGGACACCGUCUACGCGCUCGAUGGCAUCGAGGAUGGCGAGGAGUCGAGCUCCUCCGAUGACGCCCCUGGCCCUGAGCGCAACUUUUUGCAGCAGCACCACAUUGGUGGAGCCAAGUCCACGCUCUUCAAGCGGCUAGAGCCGGAGCUUUGGACAAGGAGCUUCGGCUUCCGCCUCUACUUGUCGGUCAUAAGUCUGAUCAAUGUGCAGAUCAUGGCCCUCCGUGCGGACUUCGGCUGCAACACCAACCACUGCCCAGACAAUAUCACGUACAUCUGGGAGAUCUUGGAAAACAUCAUCACGGCCUUUUUCGUGAUCGACCUCAUAGUUCGCAUGGUCGAGGCCAAGCCUCGACGCUUCUUCAAAGGGGAUGAGACCAAGGAAGAGUACCGCAUAGACUUUAUGAACUGCUUCGACUUUGUCAUCAUUGGCAUGCGCUGCUUCGAUCUGUGGUUCUUAUCCCCGCUGGGCCGGAAAACCAGCGGCUUCAAGUUUGCGAGCGUCUUCAGGAUAGUGCACAUUAGCCAGUUCAUCAACGAGAUUCAGAUGUGGAAGGGAUUCCGCGAGCUUUGGAUCGUGAUCUCGUUGCUGCGAGAAACCUUGCUCACCCUAUUUUGGUGCGGGUUUCUCAUCAUCGGCACCACCUGGGUGAUGUCCGUGCUCAUCACUAUCUCUGUGCUGACCGAUGCCUCGCUGGAGUUGAACCUGUCGCGAGCAUCCUGGACAAAGGAAGACUACUGGGGCUCUGUAGGACUGGUGGUUUCAAUGUUUCAACUUCUGCUUCGUGACGCGUGGGCGGAUUCCAUCGUAUGGCCGAUGGUUGAGAAGGACCCGAUAGUAGUGCUGAUCUUUAUCGUGUUCUAUUGCGUAGUGGUGCUUGCACUGAUGAACAACGUCACCGGAGUGGUGGUUGAAUGUGCCAUGGAAGCAUCCACAGUCUGUGGGGAUCUCUACCAGAAGGAGCAGGACCUGAGGCCAGAGCCUAGGCACCCAGUAGCAUGUCGCGCGCAAGGGCCGCAAGGGGGCGAUGAUCUCAUCCGAUUCGGGAAGUACAAGGGCCAGCUGACACUGCGUCAAGUCGCAGAGAAGGAUCCACGCUACGUCGCAUGGGUUCGCAACAAGUUGUCCAAGGAGGGAUAUGCACAAGCUUUGCUCAAGUUCGUGGACUCCUCACGGGCUACGCCUCCUCCACCAAAGCCUUUCUCUGCUGCCCCGCCUCCCCGGCGCGUUCAGCAACCAGCUCGGUCAACGCAAACACGCUCCCCCGCACGAAAGGCGUCUGUGACAUCAGGGCCGAAUGCGGACUUCUUCGAGCUGCCUCGGGGGCUCUUGGACGAAUUCAAGCUCUGGUCUUGUCCCGGAAACGACUGGAACCGCGAAUUAAAGGUGCCCUGGGUCUACAACAUGAAGAAUGGAUGGCGUGUCGUGGGCGAGAUCAUCAAAGCAAGAAAGCUGCUCGUGAAUUUGGAAGACACUUCUGCGGAACCUGCGCAGAGGGACACAUGUCAAGAGAUCUCCGAAAAAGACCUGGAUGAGCUGCAAUAUGCUCGGUACAUCUCCGCGCUUUGUGAAGAUGAGGGCAAGAUGAAUCUUCCAGAGAGCCGAAAAGUGCCUCACAACGGCAUAAAAGUGGAGGUCCAGCCCAAGUUCCGCAUUCGCGGCGCCGUGGUGAACGGCAAAGCGUACGCUGGUGUGGCGAUGAAUCAGGAAGCGUAUGCUCCUCCAGAGCGGAACUUUGGAGAUCAGAAGGCCAUGGCUUCGCUGGUGGGGCUGAAAGUGAAGCCUUUGGGCAGCAACGCGCCAUGGUUCACCGGCCUUGUGGUCUGCAACGAGAGCACGCAGGAACACCUCACAGAAGAGCUGCAGCAGAGGUUGCUGGCAAUGACCAAGACCCCAGCAAUCAAGCAGGCCACCGCACGUGCAUCCCCGGGGGAGCUCAUGCUCACCGUCUCCAGGGACUGCGACCGGGAGAAGGAGCUGAAGAUGACCUUCGUGGCCAGCAGUUUGAGGCCCUGCCUCUCGGGCCAGCAGCAAGAACAGAAGCUCCGGAAGGUGAAAGGCUGGGAAGGCUGGCAAAGUUUGCCGCCAACAAAGAUGACAUUGAAGCCCGCCGAGCGACAACGAUUCGUCUCAGAUGAAAUGGCUCGGCUGGGGCAUCGUCUUUUUGGCCGCCGCUUUGCGCUUCAGAAGCUUCAAUCCAACUUUAAGCUGCUUGAGGCACCUAUCGCCAAGUUCGGGAAGAGGGGCCAAGUGCCGUGCCAACAGCCGGGCUCGCAGAUGCAGCAGCAGCUGAGCACCAGCGGGCCAUGGGAGCUUCGGGCCGCGAAGGGGCCCCCGAAUCGCUUGGCAGCGGUGGUGUUGGGCCGCACAUCCGCCAGGGAGCAGGAGGCGAUUUCGAUCAUCCUUCCGCGCGUGAGCCAGCGACUGACCAAGUUCGGCGUGAAGAUCCAGGCAGACCCUGAGGCUCACUUUGCCCCUUCUGCGCAGCCAAAUGAGAUCAGGGGGAUUCUGUCGAAGCUGGGAAUCACCAACUCGGACGCUGUGCUGUUUUUUCAAAGCAGCAGCUUGAGCAAUGCCGACGCUUUUCACGAUCGCGCCAAGUACGAAUGUUUGGUCAAUUCACUGCGCGGGCAGCACGUUGCCAGCCAGUGGUUCGACUUGUCGAAGGAGAAAGUGUGGGGCCCACAUGCUCGAACCCUGAGCUUCGCCGUGGACAUUUGCGCCGUGGGGUUACUUGCGAAGCUGGGGCACAUACCAUGGGCCCUGGAUGCCCGCAAGUGGUUCCAGGGACAGAAGCCCGCAAGCGUUGCAGUUGCCGGCUACGAUGUGUGCCACCUGCCGCGCAGAACUGGAGAGCUUGCCCACAUUGUGGCAGCCAUCCGUGUGGAGGGUGAGGCUUUGAACCUGGGAAAAGUGUCAUUCACCACGGAGAGCGUGGCGGCGGAGACGGUGCCAGCUGUAAGCUUGCGGCGUCUGCUGCCGCCAGACUUUGCGCUGGGCCGGCUGGUGAUCCUGCACAGGGACGGCGAGUUCCCUCAUGCGGAGCUGGAGUCGCUGCGGGCGUACCACGAGGAGCUGGCAGCAGAGGAUGACCGCACAGCCUUUGUUCUGAUCGAGUGCAUCAAGUGGGCGGGUGGGUCCCCGCGGCUCUAUGCUGCCGACAAGACCGCUCCUGCUGGCACCAUGCUGGUGCUAAACGAAAAGGAGGUGCUGCUCAGCUCCAGCAAGGAUCUGGCCUUUGGUACUGCCAACCCGCUGAACCUGCGCCUUGCGAAUAUCCUGGGUGACGUUGGGACCUUCGAUCUGCACGGCUUCGCUUGGGCCCAGACGGUCUUUGACUUGAGCUAUUUGCACCAUGGCUCCAUCAUACGAAGGCCGCGGCUACCCAUCACUACGCACUUUGCCGACCGCUUGGCCUACUUGCUGGCCUCUGCUGGGGCAGAUGGCACUGAAUGGGAUAGCGACAACCAGGCAGAGUCCGUCAUGGCCUCGCUCAGGCAGAUCUUCCGGGAAGCAGAUGUGGAUGGAUCUGGGGAUUUGGACCGCGAGGAGCUGCGAAUUGCGCUGCGCACGCUCCGGGUUCGAGACCGCCUCAAGGUGCUCCAGGUCCCCAUCCGCGACCUGGAAAUGCUGUUCCUCCUCUUGGAUGAGGACAGCAAGGGAGUCAUCAAGUGCGAUUAUUUCUUUCGCGGCGUCUCCAAGUUGCGUGGCCUUGCAAAGGCCAAGGAUCUCCAUCAGCUGUCCAUUGACCUGAAUCGGCGCAUGAUGUGGGUAGAUGAGAAUGAAGCCAAAGUAUCAGAAGUCAAUGACGUGUUGGUGGACAUGGUAGAUGCCUUGGAUGAGCUCGACACGCACAUUGUCAAAGGAGACAAUGAUGAUCGAGACCCUGUAGUUGCAGCCAGGCGCAGCCGCGAGCCAGUGUCCAAAGGACGGAUUCUACGAGGAGUCUGGAAAGAUGGCCGACCCAUGCAGCAGGGCUCCAAGAAUCCAUGGUUCGACUUUGAGGAGAUGCAAAAAGAUGCCAAGGACCAAAGAAAGAAACAGAACAUGAAAAAGCGCGCCGAGGUUGAAGCCAGGCGCAGUGCAGAACAGAAGCGCGAGAAGAAAAAGAGAAGAGACAGCGACCAGCCAUCGCCACCUCCACUUCCGCCACAUCUGCAGAUUCUCAAGGAAGAGCGAGACAGGAGAAAGGUGGACAGGGUCGCAGUCAAAAGGAAGAAAGCGCGGGCCUCCACGACCAACUACUGA